AGAGAGGAAUCCAUAGGCACAAACCCUCACUCUCCUCCUUGCGUCACGAUAAUCUCGUUCGCCGCCGCUCCUCUUUCAGCUAUCACGCGACGCGUCUGGACGCACUGGGCGUUCGAGAUAGGAGCAGCGGCAGCAAGCGGCAGUAGCGGCCGGAGCGCCCUUAGCGAUCACUCGGCCGCAUAAAGACCAGCGCAGCGUUUUACUUUUGCAACCCUCCUCUCUUUCCCUCGCUGGCUAUCGGACCGAGGGCCUGUAACCAAAGGAGGGUAUGACGUCGUGGUUGCUGCUUCCCCUCGUGGGGAUCCUGUACAUAGCGGGCUGCAGCCAUGGGUUGGACAACGGGGUGGCCCUCACGCCACCUAUGGGAUGGCUCUCUUGGGAGCGCUUCCUGUGUAACAUCGAUUGCAAUAAGGACCCGCAAAACUGCAUCAGCGAGCAGCUGUACAAGACGAUGGCGGACAUCAUGGCGAGCCAGGGUUACCGGGAUGCGGGCUACCAGUUCGUCAACGUGGACGACUGCUGGAUGGCCGACGAGCGAGACUUUGACGGCCACCUGAGACCCAACGCCACGCGCUUCCCCAAUGGCAUUAAGGCACUCGCCGCAUACAUACACAACAAGGGCCUGAAGUUUGGCAUCUACCAGGACUCCGGUCUGAAGACAUGCGCCGGAUACCCGGGUGCAUUGUGCCACUACGUCAACGACGCGCGUACCUACGCUGACUGGGGUGUCGACAUGGUAAAGCUAGACGGGUGCAACCUGAACCCACGCCUGAUGGACAUUUUGUAUCCAGCGUACACCCAGUCCCUGAACAGGACCGGCCGGCCGAUAGUCUUCUCUUGCAGCUGGCCUGCCUAUCAAGUCGAUCUUGGAAUGAGGCCCAACUACCGGGCAAUUGCCCACUCCUGCAAUCUAUGGCGCUACUACGACGACAUCUCGGACUCAUGGGAGAGCGUGCUCUCAAUUUUGGACUACUACGCCUCCGUCCAGGACACGCUGAUCCGUGCAUCCGGACCAGGACGAUGGAGCGACCCGGACAUGCUCAUCAUCGGCAACUACGGCCUGAGCUACGACCAGAGUAAGGCCCAGAUGGCGCUGUGGGCCAUCAUGGCCGCCCCGCUCUUCAUGUCCGUUGACCUGAGGACCAUCCGGCCCGAAUUCAAAGAAAUUCUGCUCAACAGACAGAUCAUCGCCGUCAACCAGGACCCACUUGGCAAGAUGGGAAGACGGAUCGUGUCGGUCAACGGUAUCGAAGUGUGGGCACGACCUCUGACGCCGGUGAAUGACGAAGGCUUCCCUUCCGCGGCCAUCGUGCUGUUCAACAGGCGUCACAUCGGAGGCCCCGUGCGGGUCACCCUGCAGCUGAGCAGCAUCGGCCUCACGUACCCGCACGGCUACAAGGUGUGGGACCUGUACGACCCGCACGCGACCCCGGUCGUCUUCAAGCCGUUCGAAGACAUCCCGUCGACUGUCAACCCGUCCGGAGUGGUGAUGCUCAGGGCCGAGCCAGUACCCGCUCCCAGACCGCCGCCACAGCCACAGCAGCCACCAGGAACCGCGGCUGGUGGAGGCGGUGGUGUGGCCGUCGUAGUCCCGAAGGGCGGCCCCGGAGGGGGUGUCAAGGGCGGAGCGGGUGGCGCAGGUGGUGUUACAGGAGGAAUAGGCAUGGCCGGCGGUGCCGGUGGCGGCGCAGGAGCCACUGGUGGUGGAGGAGCAGGAGCUAUCAAUGUCAUUACAGGCAACGGCGGACUUGGCGGCGGACUUGGCGGCGGAGUCGGCGGUGAAGCCGGUGGACUCGUCGGUGGGCCUAGCGCCGGUGCAGCAGGUGUUGGAGCCGGUGGUGGAGCCGGCGGUGGUAUGAGCGUAAGCGUUGGAGGAGGAGCUGGCGGCGGCACAGGUGCUGGCGGGGCAGGUUUAGUUUCAGGCAUUGGCAAUGCAAUAGAGGCGGGUGCCGCGACAGCAGCCGCCAAAGCAGAUGAAGCUCUUACUGUUGCUGCUGCCAAGGGUGAGGCUGGCACCAAGGGAGGCAUGGUCAAGGGGGCCUAAGUGCUAUAGUGUUAUUGAAAGGCUAUAGUGUUAAAUGGAUAUAAUAGAGCACGAACCCACCAACAGCCAAACAGAUGAUUAAAACCCCCGAUUUGGUCCAGAGAGGAGAAUGCUGACAUGUUUCCUAACGAAGACGCACUAUAUGCAUGCAUUUGACUGUGUUUUCUAAGCAAAAAAGAGAUCAUGUGCUCCUCAGAAAAACCUUCAAGACAAAGAGAGAAAGAGAGGAAAAAAAAGAAUAGUCAGGAAGAUCAACACAAAAACAAAAAUAAUCUGAAUGGAUCAUGUACAGUCAUUAGCCAAUAAAUACACAAAAUGUUUCUUGUUUCCUGUGAA